AUGGUUCUAAAAGCAAUUAACAAAAGGCUGUUUUCUGAGAAUAUUAGGGAUCUGUCGCAUUUGAAGCAGACUUGUUCUAUAGAUUACCAUUAAUUUUUUGAUAAUAGCAAGCAUGAAUAAACAUUUUAGUUAAUAAAAUCAGGUAUUCAAAAUGAAUCAAGUACUGGGCUAGUUAUUAUUACAAAUGUUCCUGAAAUUGAAAUAUUAAGAAAUCGACUCUUUAAAAGUUUUAGAGAUUUCUUAGUUCUCCCAGAUCCUUAUCUUUAGAAUCUAUAGAAAGUUGAAUAUGGUUAUGGAAUAGGUUGGAAUCAAGGCGGGAAAACCUAGAGAUAUAAGUGGGAUUCUGAGGCUGAUGAACCUCUGUCGCAGUCAUUUUAUGCUAAUCCCGUGUAAGAUGAUUUUUUAGAUCACGAUGGUCGACAAUGUCAAAAUGUUUGGCCAACAGAACUAAUGCCAUAGUUUGAAACUGACUUUAAAUCAACUAUUAAGCCUAUGAUGAAAGUUGGAAUGAGAUUCUGUGAAUUUAUUGACUAGAUUUUGAUUGAGAUGUACCCUGGAUAUAACCCACUUUUGAAAAUCAACCUUGAAAAAUCAGAAAAAAUGAAGGCUAGGCUACUGCACUAUAAGGCUGCUUCAAAUGUUUCAAGUUCCAGCGUAGCAAACCACAAUUUAGUAUAGAAUGUUCAAAACCCUGUAAAAUUAGCCUCUUGGCACAAAGACUAUUCGUUAGCGACCUUGCUUCUAUCAUCUGCAUUUAUCAACAAGCAAGGCCUUACUGUUGAUAGUUUGAAUGGAAAAGGUUUGGUUGUGAUUGAUAAUGCAGGAUAACAUAGAGAAGUUGAUAUACCUGAAAGCGCGAUAGCAAUACAGAUCGGAGAAAUCAUUGAAAUAAUGUCAGCUGGUAAAAUAAUGGCUCGCCCUCAUGCAGUUAUAAACAAUUACUGUAAAUCUUUGAGAAGAUAAAAUUUGGCUCUCUUUUUGGAGCCACCAUAUCAAGCAAAGAUAGAGGUACCUGUUGACCAUAUUAGUUUUGCAGAGUACUAGAAUAUCGCCUCACUAAAUGCAAGAUGGAGAAAUAACAUGACAUUUAGAGAGUUUUAUGUGGCUUGCAGAAAAUACUAUCGGUAAGAAACAGAUGCAGUAAUUCAUUUUUACAUUCCAAGCGAUCGAGCUGAAUACCAUUUCUUAUCAAAUUUUUAUGAAGGUUCUCCCUUCCAAAUCAAUGGCAAAAUGUACAAAACUGCUGAGCAUUAUUACUAGAGCCAAAAAUUUGCAAAUUUCAAUGAAGAAUUAAAGGAGAAAAUUAUCGCAGCUACCUCUCCCGCAGAAUGUAAAAGGGUUGCUAACGAGUAUCAGAUGCUCGAUUCACAGACUAACUAAAACUAAAACCACUGGAAUAAAUGGGAAAAAAUCAAAGUAGACGUGAUGUAAAUUGCCAUAAAUGAAAAAUUUGGACAGAAUCAAAUACUAAAGGAGAGACUUGUUUAGACUGGAAAUGCGAUCCUAAAAGAAAAUAGUCCAUUCGAUUAUUUUUGGGGCGGUACUUUAGCUGGCUCCAAAAAUUAAUUAGGAAAGCUAUUGAUGGACUAUAGAGAGCGCCUCCGAAGUUAUGUUUGA